AUUGGGUGGCAACGUGUAUGGAUCCUUUGGAGUGACAGUCUUUCCAUGAAUUGGCUUCGGUGACUAUAUUGGCGGCACAGCUACCGGUUGGCCUGCAAAAGGGGGCUAUCUCAUACAUCUCUGUUCACUUGUCGAACUUGAAUUUCUGGGUCUUGACCGAUUCCAAAGGGCCAACAUGUCAGAUGAUCCUGAAAAGGAAGAAGCAUACUGCAACAAAAUGCGACUCUGGGGAGCCAAAUGGUAUAGUAAUCCUUGGCAGGAAAUUCUUGACGAGACAGCCAGCGGAGAAAGAUCUUGGCUCACCCCGCCCAUUCGUGGGCGUCCCAGCUGA